AUGAAAAAUAGCCUUUGCGAUCAACUAAGUUUUUUGCUUGUGGGCCAUGAAUUUUCAUCGAUUCACUCACGUCUCACUCUCGCAAGACCACUACACACGUGCUGGGCCAAGAAGAUGCUCAGCUCGGAAGGCGAGCUGCACUCACUGGUAGAAGUCACUGUGUUUUUGUUUUUGGUUGGUCAACCCGCAAAUCGCCUACGCUUCAGGCACUGACUUUUUCGUUUGUGGUACGUGCCAUGGUAGAAAACCCUUUGUAUCGUUUUCUUCUUUUCUGGUCGGAGGUUGUAUUGGCCCUCGUUUCGUUCAGGCAAAUCGUUUCCCUUGUGUAUAUAUUUAUACCCUGUUGUCGAAUGUCUCUCGCUUGCGCUUUUUGCUCGUGGUCUGAACAUGGCGCUUAUGUUUUCCAUGAAUCGCACUAGGUGGUACUUAGUUUUUUCAUACCCGCAUGCUUUCUCCUUGACUGAAUGCAGUCGCAUUAUCUCGUGCUUGGCGUCCCGCGAAAAGCAACACAAGAUGUCA